GUUCUGAGUUUGAGUUUUCGAGCUCUAAUGGCUGCACAUGCGACAUCGGAGUCGGCCGUGAAUCUCCCGGCGACGCAAUUUGAAUCUCAGGUCACAGAGCCGUUUGGGGUAACUCUAUUGGUUCGACAUCUUCCUGACGGAAUUCCUCAUGAUAUCGUCUCUCGGCUCUUUUCUCAGUACGGAGCUUCUGCUGUUCGUCCUUGCUCCGGUGGAAAAUUGAGAAACGCUGCUUUUGUGGAUUUCAAGAAUGAAGCUUUUGCUUCUCAAGCACAUCGUCAGUUAAAUGGGCUAAGGUUUCUUGGCAAGGUUCUACAAGUACAGAGAGCCAAUAAACCUAACGAGAACAAGAAGUCUCGACAAAUCGAAGAAUCUGUGACCAAGGGGAAUCCUUUCUCUACAGUUAGCACCAACGAUGAUUCAAAAUCUGGGCAGAUGCUUUCUGGCGAACCGAUAGCUCCAAAACUCGGCAUUAACUAUCCAUUUCCUCCUCACCUGCAAUACGCUUAUCCGCCACCCGAUGCAAAUAUACUAGCCAACAUUACUAAUGCCCUUAUCGCUGUCCCACCAUUAUACACCCAGGUGCUACAUCUGAUGAACAAAAUGAAUCUUCCACCUCCUUUUCGCCUGGCCCUGCCCACACCACCUCUACCUAAAGCAGCCCCCCAACCAACUGAGUUGCAGCAUCAAUCUAGUAGCGAGUCAGAGAUGGAAUCUGAUGAGGAUACAGGUAGAUCAAAAUCAGGAAGGAAGCGUGCUAGACAUGAAACUCUUGUUGGUCCUGGUAUGGAUAAGGAUGUGCCACUUGAGACUGUUGCAGUGAAACCUUCGUCUUUGACCCCAAAAGAGAUCCCUCGAAUAAGAAAGAAUAAACACGUUAUGCAGAUCAAGAUUACCCCAAAAGCUGCUCAAGACGAAUAUAAAGAGGAAAGUGAGAAUGAAGACCCUGCAGACGAGCCCAAAGAAGAAGAUUCAAAUUUAAAACCCUUUGCGAGUUUAGAGGAGUUGGAGAAAGGAAGGUUACCUCCACAGGAAAUUCUUUCACUCCCUAUGUUCAAGAACUACACAGCUGGGAUUCCGUCGCUUGUGCUGUAUAUCAAAAACCUUGCCAAAGAUGUUGUUAUUGAUGAUUUAUAUUACAUAUUUGGGUCACAAUUUGAAAGCAUGGAAGCAGCUAAAUCAAGUCUUGGUGUGAGGCUAAUGCAGGAAGGAAGGAUGAGAGGGCAAGCUUUUUUGACAUUUCCAUCAGUUGAAGUCGCACAUCGUGCUCUGAAUCUUGUAAAUGGUUUUGUGUUCAAAGGAAAACCAAUGAUAAUCCAAAGAACCACAGCUCUACGCUCUUACACCAGAAUCAAGCAUGCUUGUUCUUAUUCGACUUUGGUUUCUGAUGGUAACAUCAUCUCGAUUCAACACUUUCAUUCUCUUCUGCAAAAAUAUGAAUCAAACCCUAGAAUCAUCCACCAGCUCCAUUCUCACUUCACUACUUCUGGGCUUCUUCUCCUUCAUCAGAAGCAAAACUCUGGGAAACUUUUCCUAUUCAAUACUCUGCUUCGAUGCUAUUCUCUUGGCGAAACCCCUCUUCAUGCUUACUUCCUCUACGACCAACUACAGCGACUCCAUUUCUUGUCUGAUCAAAACAAGAGACUGCCUCCUUUUGAUAGUUUCACUUACCUCUUUCUCCUGAAAGCGAGUUCGAAUCCGCGGUUCCCAUAUUUACUACUGGGAAUUGGACUCCAUGGGUUGACUCUAAAACUGGGUUUUGAAUUUCAUGUCUACGUGCAGACAGCUUUGGUUGGAAUGUAUCUUGUUGCUAGAAACGUGAAUGAUGCUCACCAAGUGUUUGAUGAAAUGCCUGAGAGAAAUCCGGUAACUUGGAAUGUGAUGAUCACUGGCCUGACUAAUUUGGGAGAUUUUGAAAAAGCUCUUUGCUUUUUGGAGAAGAUGCCGAAUCGGACGGUAGUGUCUUGGACCACUAUCAUUGAUGGGUAUGCACGAGUAAAUAAACCCAAGGAAGCUACACUUCUGUUUUCAAGAAUGGUUGCUUGCGACGCAAUAAAGCCGAACGAGAUAACCAUUCUCGCCAUUCUCCCAGCUGUUUGGAACUUGGGAGACCUAAAGAUGUGCGGAUCAGUUCAUGCUUAUGUUGGGAAAAGAGGGUUUGUUCCAUGUGAUAUCCGUGUGACUAACUCUCUCAUCGACGCUUAUGCAAAAUGUGGGUGUAUUCAAAGCGCGUUCAAGUUUUUCAUAGAGAUUCCCAACGGAAGGAAGAAUCUUGUAUCGUGGACAACGAUGAUCUCGGCGUUUGCAAUGCACGGAUUGGGCAAAGAAGCGGUCAAUAUGUUCAAAGACAUGGAAAAAUUAGGAUUGAAGCCCAACAGAGUGACCAUGAUCAGUGUCUUGAACGCUUGUAGCCAUGGAGGUUUAGCAGAAGAAGAGUUUCUAGAGUUUUUCAACAAGAUGGUAAACAAGUACAAGAUCACGCCGGAUGUGAAGCACUAUGGUUGUCUAGUAGAUAUGUUGAGAAGAAAAGGAAGAUUAGAAGAAGCAGAGAAGAUUGCUUUGGAGAUUCCAAUAGAGCAAAAGGCGGUGGUUUGGAGAAUGCUGCUUGGAGCUUGUAGCGUUUAUGAUGAUGCUGAAAUGGCUGAGAGGGUUACUAGGAAGCUAACGGAGCUAGAGAGAUGGCAUGGAGGAGACUAUGUGCUUAUGUCCAACAUCUUUUGUGGUAAUGGAAGAUUUUCAGAUGCGCAGAGAUUUCGGAAACAGAUGGAUGCUAGAGGAGUAGCUAAACUUCCAGGACAUUCACAACUCCGAUCUGAGUUUUUAGCAAUGGCGAAAUUAGUCACUAGCAUCGUCUCUCUGAUUCUUAUCGGUCUCGUCGCGAUCGCCUCCGCGACGGUUAUCUUCGAGGAGCGCUUUGAUGAUGGAUGGGAAAGCAGAUGGGUUAAAUCUGAGUGGAAGAAGGAUGAUAACACUGCUGGGGAGUGGAAACACACUGCGGGAAAUUGGUCUGGUGACUCUAACGAUAAAGGUAUCCAGACCAGUGAGGACUACAGAUUCUACGCCAUUUCAGCUGAGUUCCCUGAAUUCAGUAACAAGGACAAAACCUUAGUCUUCCAAUUCUCAGUCAAGCACGAGCAAAAGCUUGACUGUGGUGGUGGCUACAUGAAGCUGCUCAGUGGUGAUGUUGACCAGAAGAAAUUUGGUGGAGACACCCCAUACAGUAUCAUGUUUGGUCCCGAUAUCUGUGGCUACAGCACAAAGAAAGUGCAUGCUAUCCUUACCUACAAUGAAGCCAACCACCUGAUCAAGAAGGAUGUUCCAUGUGAAACUGAUCAGCUCACCCAUGUGUACACCUUCAUCCUCCGCCCAGAUGCAACUUACAGCAUUCUCAUCGACAAUGUUGAGAAGCAAACCGGUAGCCUUUACUCUGACUGGGAUCUUCUGCCACCCAAGAAGAUCAAGGACCCCAGCGCCAAGAAGCCUGAGGACUGGGACGAACAAGAAUACAUUGCUGACCCUGAAGACAAGAAACCUGACGGAUACGAUGAUAUCCCAAAGGAGAUCCCAGACACAGACGCUAAGAAGCCUGAGGACUGGGAUGAUGAAGAAGAUGGUGAGUGGACUGCCCCAACCAUCCCCAACCCUGAAUACAAUGGUGAAUGGAAGCCUAAGCAAAUCAAGAACCCCAACUACAAGGGCAAGUGGAAGGCUCCAUUGAUUGAUAACCCUGACUUCAAGGAUGACCCAGAGCUCUAUGUCUUCCCCAAGCUGAAGUAUGUUGGACUCGAAUUGUGGCAGGUGAAAUCAGGAUCUCUGUUUGACAAUGUCUUGAUCUGCGAUGACCCAGACUAUGCCAAGAAGUUGGCAGAGGAAACAUGGGGAAAGCUCAAGGAUGCGGAGAAAGCAGCUUUCGAUGAGGCUGAGAAGAAGAAAGAGGAAGAGGAAUCCAAGGACGCACCCGCGGAAUCUGAUGCUGAGGAACCAGAGGAUGAUGAAGGAGAUGAUUCCGAUUCUGAAUCUAAGACAGAUGAGGAGAGCAAAUCAGAAGUUAGCGAGGAAACUGCCGAGAAAGACGCCACCGCUCAUGAUGAGCUGUAAGUGAAGGAAGUUGAAGAUUGAAGACCAACGUUUCGAGUCUUUAUUGUUUUAUCAUUUUCUUUUUAAGUAUUUUAGCAUCUAGUUUGUCGGAGAUAGAAACAAGUUUUAGCAAGAAUUAAAAGAGGGAUGCAAUG